AUGGCCAUUCCUACAGACCCUAACCCUCAUUCAUCCUCAGACAUUGCCGUGGUGGGCCUUGCCUGCCGGUUUCCUGGAGGGGCUUCAGAUUCCAACAAAUUCUGGGAAUUAUUGUACAAUAAGCGAUCUGCAUUUAGCAGGGUCCCAUCCGAACGCUACAAUGUAGAUGCAUUCCACCACCCGGUCAGCGGGAAACUGAACACAUUGAGCCCACCAGGAGCUCAUUUCCUUGACCAAGAUGUCUCUGCCUUUGACGCACCGUUUUUCAAUAUCACAGCCCAGGAGGCUAAAGCAAUGGACCCUGCAGCCCGGAUGCUGCUCGAGGUCACCUACGAGGGACUCGAGAAUGCCGGGCUUCCAGUAGAAAGCUUGGCGGGCAGUGACACGAGCUGCUAUGUUGGCUGUUUCACCCGCGACUAUCACGAAAUGCUCAUGCGAGAUGCCGAAACCGCUCCGAUGUAUUCUAUUACCGGGACGGGUUUCUCUCUUUUCUCCAACCGGGUCUCCUGGUUCUAUGACUUUCGCGGCCCCAGUAUGACCCUUGAUACCGCCUGCUCUUCCAGUUUGGUGGGAGUACAUCUUGCAUGCCAGGGUCUUCGAGCUGGCGAGUCCAAGGUUGCUGUCGUCUGCGGUGCCAACCUGCUUUUGAGCCCUGAUCUCGGUCUGUGGCUGUCCAAUCUGCACAUGACGUCGAAAGAUGGCCUAUCCAGGUCAUUUGCGGAGGGCGUCACUGGUUACGGACGCGGCGAGGGUAUUGCCUCUGUGAUCCUGAAGCCAUUGAGCGAUGCCUUACGAGAUGGCGAUACCAUCCGUUCCGUUAUUCGUGGCACUGGUGUCAACCAGGAUGGCCAUACGGCAGGAAUCACACUGCCGAACAGCGAUGCUCAGAUGGAUCUGAUCAACGCAACAUAUAAGGCAGCCGGGCUGGACUUUGCAGACACGUCCUACUUUGAGGCACACGGCACCGGUACAGCUGCCGGAGACCCACUGGAGCUGGGGGCGGUUGCCAAAACAGUCAGUGCAGUGCGUGAGUCUGGGGAUGAACUUUACGUUGGAUCUGUGAAGUCAAAUGUUGGCCACCUGGAAGGAGCCGCUGGGUUGGCCGGGUUGAUCAAGUGUAUUUUGAUGCUUGAGCAUGGAAGUAUUGCCCCCAACAUUCACUUUGAUCAGCCAAGCAAGCGCAUCCCAUUUGCAUCAUGGAAGAUCCAAGUGCCCACAUCGGUUCUUCCCUGGCCAGAGAAUCGGCUCCAGCGAGCCAGUGUCAACUCGUUUGGUUAUGGCGGGACAAACGCUCAUGUCAUCCUGGAUAAUACUGAGCAGUUCCUUAGCCGCGCUCAAAUUACCCAUGAUGAGGUGCUGAGUAUCAGUUCGGAGGAGGCGGAGAUUGGCCCUCAACAAAAUCGCCUUUUCGUGUUCAGCGCACCGGACGAGGCAGCCCUCAAACGAAUGGUUGUGCUGCACGGCCAGCAUCUGGCUGAGUCGCAGUCCAUCUCCAAGGAUGAGGAGAGUCUCUACCUCGACCGGCUCUCCCAUACCCUCAGUGACAGACGAUCGCAGUACGGCUGGAAGACUUAUCUCAUUGCUUCAACCAUCGCCGAGCUCAGUGAUGCCACGUCCACCAGCUCACUGAGAACCCUUCGCUCACCUGAAAAGUCUCGCCUUGCGUUUGUUUUCACUGGCCAAGGAGCGCAGUGGGCCCGCAUGGGUCUGGAGCUCAUGGCGUACCCCGUCUUUAAUGCCAGCGUGACCCAAGCAGAUGCGUAUCUGAAAGAGGCCCUGGGAUGCAGCUGGUCUGUACUCGAGGAGCUUUCUCUGGAACCUUCUGCCUCGAGGGUCCAUUUGGCGAUGGUCAGCCAGCCAGUGUGCACAGUUCUUCAAAUUGCACUGGUACAGUUACUGAAGUCUUGGAAUAUUGAGGCCACUGGUGUCAUUGGCCAUUCCAGCGGUGAAAUUGCCGCAGCGUAUUGCUACGGCGCGCUGACUCGAGAGGAUGCUUGGACCAUUGCCUACUGGAGAGGCAAGAUCUGCUCUGAGCUGCGCACUGAAGCACCCGAGGUCAAGGGCGCCAUGAUGGCCACCGGCCUGUCCAGAGAGAAGGCCGAAGAAUACAUCAAACCCAUCACUGCGGGCAAGGUUGUGGUGGCCUGCGUAAACUCGCCCUCGUCCGUCACGAUAUCUGGUGAUGAGAGUGGCAUCGAUGAGCUUCAGGUGAAGCUUGCCUCGGACUCCGUCUUUUGCCGGAAGCUCAAGGUCGAGAAUGCCUACCAUUCACACCAUAUGGAGCUCGUUGCAGACAAAUAUCUAGAGCGCAUCUCCCACAUUCAGCCCAUGCAAUCAGCGUCGACAUCCGUGAAAAUGGCUUCGAGUGUCACUGGCGACGUGAUUCCGCAUGCCGAACUUGGUCCGAAGUACUGGGUUAGGAACUUCGUCUCGGCCGUGCUAUUCUCUGAUGCCACUGGUGCUCUCAUGAAAGAUGAUUCUCGCCGAAGACGUCGAGGACGCAUCGGUGAAUCAGCCUUUGAUCUCCUACUAGAGGUCGGUCCCCACGGCGCUCUGAGAGGCCCGGUCUGGCAAAUCAUGCAGCACAACGAAUUCAAGGACGUGGUAUACCAAUCGAUUCUGGCCCGUGGGGAGAAUGACGCCAAGUCUGCCGUCACCGCGGCCGGAGAGCUGCUUCUGCAUGGUGUUCGAGUUAAUGUCUCCGCGGUCAACCUCUUGCGGUGGAAGCCCAAGCCUCUCAUCGACCUCCCCUCCUACCCAUGGAAUCACUCUCUGAGCUUCUGGGCUGAGCCGCGCAUCAGCAAGAACUACCAUCACCGAAAGCAUGGCCGUCAUGAUCUUCUUGGAGCCCCCGUUGCUGAUUUCAACGAGCAAGACCCACGCUGGCGAAACUUUGUUCGCAUCAGUGAACAACCGUGGGUUCGCGACCACGUCGUGCAUUCCAGCAUUCUGUACCCGGGAUCUGGCACAAUCGCCAUGGUACUUGAGGCAGCUCGCAAGAUGGCAGACCCCGAGAAGACCACGGAGAAAAUCGAACUGCAGGAUGUGCGUAUCACCAAGGCUAUUAUUAUUCCCGACGACCAAUAUGGCGUGGAGACUGUCCUGCAAUUCCGACAGCAACGAAGCCGCCCCAACAACGUGUGGACUGGACGCUGGGAGUGGUCGGUGUAUAGCUGUGCUGAGAAUGGCACUCUUGAGGAGAACAGUGCCGGAACUGUCUCGAUUCACUACGCCUCGAACAGCACUAAGACAUGGAGCAAGGGCUCGGCCAUUGCAUCGGAAGCAGUCAAAGAGCAGUACUUGGCGGCCAAAGCAGCUUGUAAGCGCCAAAUAGAGCCCAAGGACUUCUAUGAAGCCACCCGCAAAGCAGGAUUCAAGUAUGGGCAGUACUUCCAAGGUCUUCAACAGAUCUCGGCCGGCGAGGAUAACUGCUGCUCGACCAUCAAGAUCCCGGAUACCCAGAGCUGCAUGCCCGGCAACGUGGAAAGUCACCAUCUGAUACACCCCUCGACUCUCGACGUGAUCUUCCAUUCCAUCUUUGCUGCUCUCGGAGACGAGAGCCUGAACUUCAAGAAUGCAGCCGUCCCCAUCGCAUUCGACCGCCUUGUUUUCUCGGUCGACCUCCCGGCUGGCCCUGAUUCUCAGUUCAUUGGCUUCUCUCAUGUGGCCCGAGACGGGUCGCGUGAUUUGCUCGCUGACAUCUACAUGUCGGACUCUGCGUGGGAGGAGCCCAAGGUGCAGGUUACUGGAAUGCGUUGCCGCGAGUUGCCCUCCAGCGAGGCUGCCGCUUCUAAUGACUUGAAGGCUCCAUUGGGUACACUGGAAUGGAAGCCGGACAUCGAAAGUCUUCACGAGACUUCUUUGAAGAGCUACCUUCUGCAGGAGCUGGCGAAACCAAGUGCCAGUGAACUGGCCAACGGGGAGCUUCUUACCAACGGACACGCCGCGGCAAAGGUUUUGGAGAGAUCUCUCUGCGCAUUGGCCGACCUCGUUGCCCACAAAAACCCCAACCUGUCGGUUCUGCAGAUUGGAGGUACCGAGGCCCUUACGCAGGACUUGCUUUCUGUGCUGGGGACCCCGGCACUGCGUUUCUCCAACUACACUGUCGCGCAUCUGGAUGUCGAAUGGAUCGCGAGGGUUGAAGAAGUGUUCCAGGAAUCGCGCGUCCCUGUAGAUUUCAAGCUCUUCGAAAUUGCCUCCGCAGACGAGACCUUUGACAGCGAAUCCUUCGAUCUGGUCAUCACAGGAAACGACGUUUCGGAGACUGACCACAAGCAGAGUGUAAUCUCUGUAGUGCAGAGGGUUCUGAAAAAAGGAGGAGUUGCCUUGCUCAGUGAUGCAAAGGGCAACAGUAGUUCCUUGUCGUGGAAAGAGAAUAUGGGGGUUGACAACCGGUCUCUGUCUUUCGUGGCGGAACUUGCUCCUGGGCGUACGUCAGAUGCUAUCACGUUGUCGCUGGCGUCCAAGCCCAGAGCGCAGAGUGAGGUUCCUGCAGAGACAUUCUACAUCCUUGAACCCACGAAUCCCUCUCAACGAGUUCAGCAAGCCAGCCAAAUACUCGUUGCCACCCUGGAAAGCCAGAAGAUCAAGGCAAAUGUGAUUCCUUGGACCACGGAGCUGGCCGACUUGAAGGGCAAAUCCAUGAUCUCGCUGGUCGAGUUGGAGAACUCCAUUUGGACCGGAUUCUCUCCUGAGGAAUUCGACCACUUGAAGGGCCUGGUACUGCAGAGUGGUCGGCUGUUGUGGGUUUCCAUGGGCGAUGACACCGUGAUGCAGGUGGCCGUUGGCUAUCUGCGUGUACUGCAGAACGAGAACCCCAAUCUCGACCUGCGCUACCUUCAUCUCGAGCAAAACGCAGACCUUCAGAGCACAGCUGAGGCCGUCUCCAAAAUUGCUGCCGCGCCAACAUCAGACCGCGAGUAUGUUGAGAUGGAUGGCGUGCUGUGCAUCAAUCGCUGGGUUCCUAGAAAUGAUCUGGCUGGUCUUAUCGCACCCAGCAACGACAUUGAAGGCCGCGAGCAUGUCAAGCUUGGAGAGGCGCCCAGUGGGCUCAAGCUCAUCCAGCCUACCGGAUCUUCCAAAUCUUUCUUCUUCGAUUUUGACCAUGACAUUGUUGGUGAAUUGGGUGCUGACGAGGUGGAAAUUGAGGUUAAGGCUAUUGCCGUCAAUCACCAUGAUGCUUUGCACUCAAAGCAGGAUAUAGAGACACCUUUGAAGGAAUUCAGCGGAGUAGUCACCAAUGUUGGCAAAGGCUGCGAGAAGCUGAAGGUCGGUAGCAGCCGCGUCUGCGCAGUCGGAGCCGGCCCAUACAAGUCCGUGUUCCGCGUGUCUGAAGCGAUGUGUGUGUCCAUUCCGGACAAUGCUGCAUUCGAAGAGGCUGCCUCUUGGCCACUCUCUUUUGCGACCGCAUACCACGCAGUCCAUGGGGUUGGCCGUGUUCAGUCUGGCAACUCCAUUCUUGUCCAAGCUGCAGCCACUUCGGUUGGCCAGGCCGCAAUCCAACUCGCCCAACUACAGGGUGCGACUGUCAUCGCAACUGUGAGCACUGCUGAGGAAAGCCAUGUUGUGGAGAGUCUUGGUGUCGACUCGCGCCACCUUCUCCGCGACGGUGACUACAGCCUGCCAGAGGCCAUUUCUCGAUUGACAAACACAAAGGGUCCGGAUGUUAUUCUCAACAUGUCGCUGACUGGAGAAUCUUUGCUUCAGCUGUGGCACUCUAUCGGUGCCCGUGGUGUUCUGAUUGAUACUGUGGUCAGCGAUGAUGCGGCGGGCUCUUCGUUCCUUGAUAUGGGUCCCUUCAGACGGGGAGCGUCUUACUCGGUUUUGGACAUGCCGUCGAUUGUCCAGAGCGACCCGUCGAUAAUGAAAGAAACACUCCAGAAGCUCUCGGAAAUUGUUUCUGGGCAGACUCUGAAGCCUUUGCGCGCACUCACAGUCCUUCCGUCCACCAAUGUUGCAGAGGCCUUUGAGAAAGCCCAAGCCCAGCCGAGCCUCGGAAGAGUUGUGAUGACACUCAGCCCGGAAGACGAUAUUUCGGUCCCUGCAAGUGUGGUCAGCCCUCUGUCACUCGACAGAAACGCCACAUAUCUCUUGAUCGGUGGUCUCGGAGGACUGGGACGGAGUCUGGCCAGGCUUCUUGUAUCCAACGGUGCCCAGCAUAUCGCCUUCAUUUCUCGCUCCGGCAACGCUUCUGCACUUGCCCCACCUCUGAAAAAGGAGUUGUCUGAGAAGGGUGCUAACGUCCAGAUUUACGCCUGUGACGUCUCAGACGAGCAAGGAAUGAAACGUGUGCUGGAUCAAUGCGCCGCGGAAAUGCCACCGAUCCGUGGUGUGGUCCAGUCUGCCGUGGUGCUGAAUGACGCCCUCUUUGACAACAUGUCUCUCGAGCAAUGGAAUAACGGCAUCAGGCCCAAGGUGCAAGGCACACAGCUGCUGCACGAUCUCCUUCCCAAGAACCUUGAAUUCUUCGUGAUGCUCAGCUCCAUUGCCGGAGUCAUCGGCAACCGAGGCCAAGCAAACUACUCCUCCGGAAACACCUUCCAAGAUGGCAUGGCAGCCUACCGACGUCACCAAGGACUUUCGGCAGUAAGUGUUGAUCUCGGUCUGAUGCUAGGUAUCGGGUUGAUUGCCGAGCGGGGCGGACAUUCCAACCUGCAGAGCUGGGAAGCCGUUGGCAUCAACGAGCCGCAGUUUCACAGCAUCAUGAUUGCUGCAAUGGCAGGCUCGUUCAAGCGCAGCACCAUCCCGUCCCAGAUUAUCUCGGGUCUCCCGACUGCGGGUAUCGUGCACCGCCAGCGCCUUGAGAAACCUUUCUACAUUGACAACCCUCGCUUCGCCAUCUUGAACAAGCUGGACUUGGAGGGGAUUGAAUCAAACGAGGAGACUACAGAAUCGCUUUCUUUCUUGCUUGGCCAGUGUAAGUCGUUGCAGGAUGCGAGCGAAGUUACUACUGCUGCGUUGUGUGAGAGACUUGCCCGUGGUCUGCAGACUGCUGUUGGCAAUAUCGAUGCGAGCAAGCCGCUGCAUGCGUACGGCGUGGAUUCCCUGAUGGCUGUCGAUAUCCGGGCCUGGGCUUUGACUGAAGCUCAGGCUGAAAUUGCACUGUUCGAUGUGCUUAGUGGCAUCAGCAUUGCUGGAUUGGCGAGGAAGAUUGCCGCGAUUUCGAAGGCAGUCACUGAAGGACUGGAGUAG